UUGCUAGCACAUGGAGCCAAGUGCCAGGUGCCAGAUCACUGGGGCAACACGGCGCUGCACGAGGCCGCGUGGAACGGGGAAAUCGAAUGUUGCCUGGCGCUGCUGGCCGCUGGGGCAGAUCUCACCAAACCUGGCAAUGAGCGAAAAACGGCAGCUGAUCUUGCCGACGAUGAUAACUACUUUGAAUGUUCUUCGUUGCUGAGGAAUCUUGAGGGCUGCUGGAACACAGCUUUGGUCGCCCAACUGAUGUUGGACGUUCGCCAGAUGUCUAAGCGAGAAAGCCGCAUUGCAACUCAUAUGCAAGAUCACGCCGAAAGGUUUCAAGAGCUGGAAAAGAAUAUUCUUCGUGUCGUCAAGGAUGAGGAAAGGAAGCAUGUUGUGACUGUUGAAGCAGAAGUGAAAGAAAUCCAGAACUCCACCAACAACCUGAUCCGAGGGAUUGAGAAGAAAAUCAUCCGUAACGAGGAUAAACAGACGAGCAUGCUGAGUCGAAUUUCGGCGUUGGACACCGAAAUACAAGCUGUCGAGAACUCCGUUUCUAGAGGGGAUCAACUCCCUAUUUCCCGAGAGGACCUUGACGACCUGGAGCUUGUCGGACGGAAGAAGAAGCCGAAACGCAAAAGUGGCCCUGUUCCUCCGCCCUCGAGCUCUCAUGAUGACGAAGGCUCCAACUUAGUCGAGGUGGCCGAGUCAAGAGCUUUGGAAACCUCGCCGAAGUUCCUGUCCAGCCACGACCUGAGCCCUUGUCAGAUGAAUUACCCGUUCCCGACGCCGGGAUCGUCGGUGUCGGCCGACACCCCGUCCCCUGGGCCCGCGGAUCACGAUCUCGACACAUCCGUCAUGCUCAAGUCUCGGUCGACGACAAAGGAAGUGAUCAAGUCCCCGGGCAAAGACAACGUCGCCGCGCAAGAGUUCAAAGAGUUUCAUUUGGAAUUCCUCCGCUCCACUGCAAAUGAAAAGUUUUCCGACAAGGGGAUGAUUUCGGUUUCCAGGGCAAUCGGAGACUGUGUGCAGACAGUGGCGAAGUUGAAGGACUCGUUGCGACUCGUCACCGACCAAACAAGGCCAUCGACUUCACAAGUACAAGCAGCUUUGGGCCAGUGGCAAAGCGCUCUCGAGGGGCUCAUGGAUCAGCAGAACGCUUAUCUGGAGAGCAUUGCUCGCUGGGCAGAAGAUGACGCUCCAAUUCGCGAUGCGCCUCGGCUCCCGAACAUUGCUCCGAUGCCGAAUGCACCCGAGGUCGAUCUUCGCAUCAUCGCUGAGCAACUUGCAUCUUUGCAUCUAGCUGCCAAGCACAAAGCUACAAGCUUCGAUUAAUUAUCGAUUUUUUUUUUUUAAAUCAGAGCCUGUCCAAGUCUUCGGCGACUUUUGCACCGCCGGCUAUUCCGAGCUUUUUUUACUGGGAAGUGUAUAGUCGUGUAGAAUCAUUGGCGAGAGGCAUUCUGGUGUUCGAUCAUCAGCCGUUUUUCCUCCAAAAUUUCCCGGGCCAUGUUUCGCCCUUUGAAAAAUGUGCUUUCAAUUCCUAAGAGCUUUUUAGCUGUUUUUCGUGCAGUUGUUUGUCACGAAUCCGUUCUGUUUGGAUGUAUUACAUAUUUGGGGUUAUUGAAAUAUAUUCACGACGCGUGCCGUCAGUUUUUUGUUCGAA